AUGUCACCGCAAAACAAAAAUAAAAUCGGUAUCAAAAAUAAAAAGAAAGAUAUUGAAAUCAUAAAUGUUAGUGAAGAUGAAUAUGCAGAUGAAGAUAUUGAAGUUAUUGAUAUUAGCAAAGAUAUUGAAAUUAUAAAUGUUAGCGAAGAUAAAAAUAUUGAAAUCAUGAAUGUUAGCAAAGAUGAAGGUAUUGAAUUCAUUGAUAUUAGUGAAGAUAUUAAAAUCAUUGAUAUUAGCGAAGAUAUUGAAAUCAUAAAUAGUGAAGAUAAUAAUAUUGUAAAUCAUAAAUAG